AUGGCACUGGUUCACGUAUCACUCCUGUGCUUCCUGGCUCUUGUGGCCUCGGUCCGUUGUGAAUCCGCGGCGAGACCCUACGUGCAUCCUGCCGGGACAAACUUCUCAACCAGAAACUUCACCUCCAUCCUCACGGUGCCCAAUGGGGAGAAGUUUGGAAUGUGGAUGUGGCGUGAAAUGUGUCCUGAGAACUUCUUUGCUGUGGGCUUCAGUCUGAGGGUUGAGCCUAACCAGUAUGGCGGGGACGACACUGCGCUGAACGGAAUCCGUCUCUACUGCGUUCAAAACGAAGACCGUCGUUUCCUCUACACUGUGGAGUCUCACACUGGACAUUUUGGUGACUGGACAGACCCACAGUGGUGCCCCAGUGGAACACUGAGCUCGUUCCAGCUGCGCGUGGAGCCCCACCAGGGCAUUUUUGGCGACGACACAACUGCCAACAACAUCCGCUUCCGCUGCAGCACCAACCCCACGCUGGAGGGCAGGGCCAUGAGCUGGGGCGAGUACGGGGACUGGAGCGCGGACUGUCGCGAAGGGGGCAUCUGCGGCAUCCAGACCAAGAUGGAGCUGUACCAGGGUGGACUGGACGACUCAGCUCUCAAUGACGUUCGCUUCCACUGUUGCACCAAGAGCCAGCAGUAACACACCAGAUCAGGGAUCAGCCAUCAACAACCCAACUGUCCAGAGGAUUUUAUUCAGAGUUUCAGAUUUAAACACAGACUGUACAAACGACAGCGAAGUAACAAGUCAAGAGCAAAAAUAAACCAUCAGAAUAUCCAA